AACUGUGAAAACAUAACUACACAGACUUUUAGUACAGCUCCAACAUUAUCAUCAACAAGCUUCAAUUUAUCAUCAAGUCCAACAUCAACAGUUCAAAUAUCCUCCAGUGUUUCAGUCAUAUCCACCGAUACAUCCAUAAAAACUCCUAUUAGUAUGCCUUUAACAACUGUCUCAGGUGACAAGUCUUCACCACCAACUACUACAUUAACAAGUCAUAUUUCUUCCACUAAUACCAGCACUUCAACAACCCCAUCCAAAACAUCUCCAACAUUCACAACAUCGAAAACAGGGACUUUAACUUCUAGCCCUGAAUGCAAUUGUCAUUGGUCAGAUUGGAAUGACUUUGGUGGCUUAACAACAGGUCCUGAGGGUGGUGAAAUAGUACCCAUUGAAACGAUAACUGAGACUUUUUAUUCAUGCUCAAGAGCAAAGGAACUACAAUGUCGUGCCAAACGCUAUCCUGGAGUUCCUGUUUCACAGCUUGGUCAGGUUAUAAAGUGUAAUACAAUAGAUGGACUAGUUUGCUUGAACAGACACCAAGGACUUACACAGCAAUGUUAUGAUUAUGAGGUUAGAUUAUUCUGUUGUGAUGAAAACUGCAGCAACAUUACAACACAGACCUCAAGUACUGAUCCAGCAACAAUGUCAACAAGUACAAAACGAACAGUCCAAAGUUCAGCCUCUGGUCCAAGCAACCCAACGACUACACAAGCAAUGCCCACAGCUAAAGUUUUACCUGCAUUGUCUACAGGCGUGACUACAACACUGACUGAAACAACAUCAGUCCAGAAUUACUCCAACUUUACAAGCAUAUCUAUAACUCCAACAACAAAUACUUUUUCAAGCCCAUCAACAAUUCAUUCAACACCCACAACAAUGAAAACAAGCACCCUUAUUUCUACAUCUGGAUGCAAUUGUCAUUGGUCAGAUUGGAGUGAUCAUGGUGGCUCAACAACAGGUCCUGAUGGUAUGGAAGUAAUUUCUAUUGAAUCAAUAAUUAAAUCCAGUUCAAGCAUAUGCUUAGCAAUAAAAGAAAUAGAGUGUCGUGCAAAACCUUAUCCUGGAGUUCCCCUUUCACAACUUGGCCAGGAUGUAAAGUGCAAUAUAAUAGAUGGACUAGUUUGCUUGAACAGACACCAAGGACUUACACAGCGAUGCUAUGAUUAUGAGGUUAGAGUAUUCUGUUGUGAUGAAAACUGUGACAACAUUACAACACAGACUUUUAGUACUGCUCCUACAACAUUGUCAACAAGUAUGCAUAUACCAUCAAGUACAACCUCAGCAGUCCGUGGUUCAUCCACUGUUACAAGCGUAUCCACUGGUUUGUCAACAGUUUCUAUCAGUUCAAUUCCAUUAUUUUCUUCCCGCAUGCCUACAUCAUCUACAAGGACAUCCACUAACCAAAUUUCCUCCACAAAAACAAACAUUUUAACAAGUACGCCAACAGCUUUAACUUCAGCAGUUUUUCCUGAUACAACACCUGUUUCUCCUACAAGCAGGUUUACACAAAAAGUUACAACACAAGUAAUCCAAAGUUCAGCCUCUGGUCAAAACACACCAACUACUGCACAAGCAAUGCCCACAGCUACAGCUUUACCUGUGUUUUCUACAGGUGUGACUACACCACUGACUGAAACAACACCAGUCCAGAAUUACUCCAGCUUCACAAGCAAAACUACAACUCCAACAACAAAAAUGAUUUCAACACCAUCAACAAUUGAUUCACCAUCCUCAACAAUGAAAACAAGCACCCUUAUUUCUACAUCUGGAUGCAAUUGUCAUUGGUCAGAUUGGAGUGAUCAUGGUGGCUCAACAACAGGUCCUGAUGGUGGUGAAGUAGUUUCUAUUGAAACAAUAAUUGAAUCCAGUUCAAGGAUAUGCUCAGCAAUUAAAGAAAUACAGUGUCGUGCAAAACGUUACCCUGGAGUUCCUCUUUCACAACUUGGCCAGGAUGUGAAGUGCAAUAUAAUAGAUGGACUAGUUUGCUUGAACAGACACCAAGGACUUACACAGCAAUGCUAUGAUUAUGAAGUUAGAUCAUUCUGUUGUGAUGAAAACUGCGACAACAUUACAACACAGACCUUUACUACUGCUCCUACAACAUUGUCAACAAGUAUGGAUAUACCAUCAAGUACAACAUCAGCAGUCCGUGGUUCAUCCACUGUUACAAGCUUAUCCAAUGGUUUUUCAACAAUUUCUAUCAGUUCAGUUCCAUUAUUUUCAUCCGGCAUGCCUAUAUCACCAACAAAGACAUCUACUAGCCAAAUUUCCUCUACAAAAACAAACAUUUUAACAAGUACAUCCGCAGCUUUAACUUCAGCAGUUUUUCUUGACACAACACCUGUUUCUCCUACAAGCAGGUUUACACAAAAAGUUACAACACAAGCAGUCCAAAGUUCAGCCCCUAAUCAAAACAUACCAACGACUACACAAGCAAUGCCUACAGCCAAAACUUUACCUGUGUUUUCUACAGGCUUGACUACACCACUGACUGAAACAAAGUCAGUCCAGAUUUACUCCAACUUUACAAGCAUAUCUACAACUCCAACAACAAAUACUAUUUCAAGCCCAUCAACAAUUCAUUUGACACUCACAACAAUGAAAACAAGCACCCUUACUUCUACUUCUGGAUGCAAUUGUCAUUGGUCAGAUUGGAGUGAUCAUGGUGGAUCCACAACAGGUCCUAAUGGUAGUGAAGUAAUUUCUAUUGAAACAAUAAUUGAAUCCAGUUCAAGCACAUGCUCAGCAAUUAAAGAAAUACAGUGUCGUGCAAAACGUUACCCUGGAGUUCCUCUUUCACAGCUUGGCCAGGAUGUGAAGUGCAAUAUAAUAGAUGGACUAGUUUGCUUAAAUAAACACCAAGGCCUUGCACAGCAAUGCUAUGAUUAUGAGGUUAGAUUAUUCUGUUGCAAUGAAAACUGUGACAACAUUUCAACACAGACCUUAAGUCCUGCAACAAUGUCAACAAGUAUGCAUGUACCAUCAAGUACAACAUCAGCAGAACAUGGAUCACCCACUGUUACAAUUAAAUCCGAUGGUUUAUCAACAACAAUUUCUGCUGGAACACCUUAUCCAUCUCUUUCAACCAGCAUGCCUACAUCACCAACCACAACAUCAGUAAGCCUAAUUUCCUCUAAAAAUGCAGACAUAUCACCAAGAUCAGCAACAACUUUAAUUUCAACAUCAUUUCCUGAUACACACUCAGUUUCUUUAACAAGUAGGCUUGCCACAUCAACAGUCCAAAAUAUCCCUUUUGAAAAAAGCACACCUACAAUGCCAACAAAGAUGUCUGAAAGGACAUCUUUUGCAGUGAUUUUAACUAACGUAACUACACCAUUGACUGAAACUACACCAUUUCUGCAUUCAUCCAAUGUUACAAGAAUAUCUACAGCUGACACAACAGAUGUAUCCACAAGCAAAUCAACAAUAUUUCCAACAUCCACAACAUUGAAAACAGUUACACUUGAACCUACCCCUGGAUGUAAUUGUCACUGGUUAGAAUGGAAAGACUUUGGUGGUUCAACCACAGGUCCUGAUGGUGGUGAAAUAGUAUCCAUUGAAAGAAUAAUUGACACUUAUUCUGUUGCAUGCUCAGCUGUAAAGGAAGUGCAGUGCCGAGCAAAACACUAUCCCACAGUUCCUAUUUCACAGCUUGGCCAGGUUGUGAAUUGCAAUACAAAAGAUGGACUAGUUUGCUUAAACAAACAUCAAAGUCUUGCACAGCAAUGCUAUGACUAUGAAAUAAGAGCAUUUUGUUGUAAUGAAGAAAACUGUGCCAUCAUGACAACAAAGUUUGUAACAAGUCCUACUCCUUCAACCAACAUGGAUAUAUCACCAAGUACAACAUCAACGGUCCAACGUUCUUCAACUAUGUAUCCAUAUCAGUCAACAAAAAUUUCUACUAGAACACCUUUACCACUUUUUUCCUCCACAAGCAUACAAACAACUACUUCAACAUCUUUAACAAAGCUUUCUUCUCUACCUUCGGUUUCUUCAACAAGCAAAUUUAAUCAAGAAGUAACAACAACAGCCCAGAAAUACUUUACUGGUGAAAGCAUAUCUACAAUUCCAACGACCUCUACUGGUAAACCUCCAGCAUCAUUUUCAGCUAGCUACAUUACUACACCAGCAAAUACCACAUCCACAAGUCUUCUUUCCUCAACAAGUGGAAAAACGAUUACAUCUACAGCAACAUCUUCAACAAAGUUUUCUCUCAUCGACAUCUACAGAAACAUCUUCAGCAAAGUCUUCUACUACAGGUUCAGGUACAACAAUGAGCAACUUAUCAUUGCAUGUUUCGACACCAAGAGUCCAGACUUCUACUACUGGUACAAGCACAUCUACAUCAACAACAAUUUCUACCACUAUGCCUUCAUCGCUAUUUUCGACUGGCAUGAAUACACCACCAACAAAAACACCCACAUUCCAGAACUCCUUAAAUACUACAACGUAUCUUCAGGAAUGUCCUCUACUGGUAAAAGCAUAUCCACAAUUCAAACAACAAUCUCUACUGGUACUCCUCCAACAUCAUUUUCAACUAGCUACACUACUACACCAACAAAUACCUCAUCCACAAGUCUUAUUUUCUCAACAAGUGGAAAUAAACUUCCAUCCACAGCAACAUUAGAUCCACCAACAGUACAAAAUCUCUCCACUGGUACAUUCCCGCCGAUGUUUGCACCAAAUACAACCACUACAUCACAGAGUAUCGAAUCCACAAGUCUUAUUUCCUUCACAGGUGGAAGCACCACAGCAUCUACAGCAAUAUCUUCAGCAAAGUCUUCUACUACAACUCCAGUCUCAACAACAAGCAAGUUAACAUUGCAUGUUACAACACCAAGUGUCCAGAGUUCCACUACUAGUAGAAGCAUACCCACACCAUCAACAAUUUCUACUAAUAUGCCUUUACCGCUGUUUUCAACUGGAAUGAAUACACCACAGACUGAAACACAAACAGCCCCCAGUCCCUCUAGCAUUACGAGCCUGACAACUCAAUCCUUAGCUACAACAGCUACAAGCAUGCAUAUACUACCAACUUUAAUUCAAAAUACCUCCAACAUUACAAGCAUAUCUACAAAUCCAACAACAAAGACAUCUUCAGACCUUUCAACAAUUUCUGCAAUAUCGACAACAAUUAAAACAAGCACUCUUAUUUCUGCCCCUGUGUGUAAUUGUCACUGGUCCAAUUGGAAUGACUUUGGUGAACCAACAAAAGGACCUGAUGGUGGUGAAACAGUACCUAUUGAAGAAAUAACUGACACUAAUCUUUCUAUAUGCUUAACACUAAUGGAAGUACAAUGCCGUGCAAAACACUAUCCUGGAGUUACUCUUUCUGAGCUUGGCCAGAUUGUAAAGUGCAAUACAAUAGAUGGACUAAUUUGCUUAAACAAACACCAAGGUCUUACGCAGCAAUGCUAUGACUAUGAAAUUAGAGUUUUCUGUUGUGAUGAACAUUGUGGCAACAUCACAACGCACACUAUAAGUACAGCUCCUUCUGUGUUGUCAACAACUCUUUUGCCUUCAAGCACAAUAUACACAGAUCCAUCUACAAUAACUUCUAUUGGGACACCUUUAGCAUUUUUAUCCAGCAUGCCUAAAUCUCCAACUACAUCAACAAGCCACAUUUCUUCUACAAAUGCAAAUAUUCCAACAAGUACUGUAAAAACUUCUAAUUCAUUAAUAUUGCCUACUACAUCUUCAUUUUUUUCAACAAGCAGGUUUACACAAGAAGUUACAACACAAACACUACCUAGUUUUCCACCUAGUAAAAACAUAACAUUGACUACAAAAGCAAUGUCUACAGUUGCAGCUUCACCAGUGGUUUCUUCUAGCAUGACAUCAAUUUCAGUCCAGAAUUCCUCCAACAUCAUGAGCGUAUUUACAUCUCCAACAGUAAAAACAUCUUCAAGCCAAUUGACAAUUUCUCCAAUAUCCACAACUGUAAAAACAAGUCCUCUUGUGCAUGAAUGCAAUUGUCAUUGGUUAGAUUGGAGUGAUUAUGGUGGCUCAACAAUGAGUGCUGAUGGUGGUGAAAUAAUUCCUAUUGAAAGAAUUACUAAAUCCUGUCCAAGUACAUGCUCAGCUCUGAAAGAUAUACAGUGUCGUGCAAAACUUUAUCCUGGUGUACCUCUUUCACAGCUUGGACAGUUUGUGAAGUGCAAUACAAAAGAUGGACUAGUAUGCUUGGAUAAACAGCAAGGGCUUGCACAGCAAUGUUAUGUCUAUGAGAUUAGAGCAUUCUGUUGUGAUGAAAACUGUGACAAAAUUACAACACAAACCCUAAAUACAGCUCCUACUACAGUAUUAUCAACAAUGAUCAAUGUUCCACAGAGUACAACAUCAGCAGUCCAAAGGUCCUCCAGUGUUUCAAGCAUAUCCACAGAUAUAUCAGCAUUUUCUGUUGGGACUCAUUCUCCAACUUUUUCAAACAGCAUGCCGGCAUCACCAACUACAACACCAGUAAGCCUAAUUUCCUCUAUAAAUGCAAACAUGACACUAAUACCAACAACAACAACUUCAACUUCAACAUCAUUUCCUGCUACACAUUCAGUUUCUUUAACAAGUAAGCUUGUACAACCAGUUACCACAUCAACAGUCCAAAAAUUCUCCCUUGAUAAAAGUAUACCUACAACACCAGCAAAGAUAUCUGAAAGAACAUCUUCUAAAGUGUUUUUAACUGACAUGACUACACCAUUGACUGAAACAUCUUCACUUCUGCAUUCAUCCAAUACCCCACGAUUAUCAACAACUCAGGCAAUAAAUGCAUCCACAAGCAAAUCAACAAUGUCUCCAACAUCCACAACGUUGAAAAUAGUUACACUUGAACCUACCCCUGCAUGUAAUUGUCACUGGUCAGAAUGGAAUGAUUUUGGUGACUCAACUACAGGUCCUGAUGGUGGUGAAAUAGUUUCCAUUGAAAAAAUAACUGACAUCUAUUCUGUUACAUGCCCAACAACAAAGGACAUACAGUGUCGUGCUAAACACUAUCCCACAGUUCCUAUUUCACAACUUGGCCAGGUUGUAAAGUGCAAUACAAAAGAUGGAUUAGUGUGCAUAAACAGACAUCAAGGCCUUGCACAACAAUGCUAUGACUAUGAAAUUAGAGUAUUCUGUUGUACAAAAAACUGUGCAAACGUGACAACACAAACUGUAUCAACAAUUCCUACAAUGUCUUCACCAAGUACAACAUCAAUGGUCCAAAGUUCCUUGACUAAAUCUACAUUUCAAUCAACAUCAAUAUCUACUAGUAUGCCGUCACCAUUUUUUUCCUCAUCAACCAUACCAACAACUACUGAAACAUCUUCAACGACUUUUUCUUCUCUACCUUCAGUUUCUUCAAGCAGGUUUACAAAAUAUGUUACAACAACAGUGCAGAAUUUUUCCACUGGUAAAAACAUAUCAACAAUUCUGACAACAGUCUCUACUAGUAGACCUUCACCAUUGUUUUCACCUGGCUCAACAACUACAUUGCCUACUACCACAUCCACAAGUCUUAUGUCCUCAACAAGUGAAAGCUCAUCGACAUCUACAGAAACAUCUUAUUCAAAGUCUUCUACUGCAGCUUCAGUUACAACAAUGAGCCACCUAUCAUUACAUAUUACGACAACAAGAAUCCCGACUUAUACUACUGCUGCAAAAAGAUCUACAUCAACAACAAUUUCUACCACUAUGCCUUCAUCGCUAUUUUCGACUGGCAUGAAUACACCACCGACAAAAACACCAACAUUCCAGAACUCCUCAAAUACUACAAGCCAGACAACACAUUCCUUAGCUACAACAGCUACAAGCAUGCCUAUAACACCAACUUCAAAAUCAUCAUUGGAAGUUUCAUCCACUCUCAAAAGCGUAUCUUCAGGAAUAUCAACAACAACUUCUGCUGGUAUUCAUUUAUCAGCAUUUUCAACUAGCAUUCCUACACCAAGAACUAUGACAGCAACAAGUAUAACAUCCUCCCCAGGCCAAAGCAUAUCAACAACUGCUGCAACAUCUUUAACAAGCAGAUUUACACAAGGAGUUACAUCAACAGUCCUGAAUUCAACGACUGGUAAGAACAUAUCAACAAUUACAACAACAGUCUCCGCUAAUACAUCUCCACCAUUGUUUUCACCUGGCUCAACAACUACAUUACCGUCUACCUCAUCCACGAGUCUUAUUUCUUCAACAAGUGGAAGCUUAUCGACAUCUACAGAAACCUCUUCAGCAAAGUCUUCUACUAUAGGUUCAGGUACAACGAGCAACCUAUCAUUACAUGUUUCGACACCAAGAGUCCAGACUUCCACUACUGGUACAAGUGCAUCUACUUUAACAACAAUUUCCACCACUAUGCCUUCAUCGCUAUUUUCGACUGGCAUAAAUACACCACAGACAAAAACACCAACAUUCCAGAACUCCUCUAAUACUACAAGUCAGACAACACAAUCCUUAGCUACAACAGCUACAAGCAUGCCUAUAAUGCCAACUUCAAAAUCAUCAAUGGAGAUUUCAUCCACACUUAAAAGCGUAUCUUCAGAAAUGUCAACAACAACUUCGGCUGGUAUUCAUUCAUCAGCUUUUUCAACUAGCAAUCCUACACCAAAAACUAUGACAGCAACUAGUAUUUCAUCCUCCUCAGGCCAAAGCAUAUCAACAACUACAGCAACUUCUUCAACAAAGGUUUCUGUAGUACCUUCAGUUUCUUCAACAAACAGAUUUACACAAGGAAUUACAUCUACACUCCAG